AGAAAACUACCUGCUUCAGUUUGGACACCCGAGCAGCAUCACAGCUUUCACACAAAUCGAAUAAGAUUUGUGUGGUGCAUAUAUAUCUGGUUCCUCUUUGUACCAAUAUUUAAAUGUUUAAAUAAAUAACACAAGUAUAUCUGUACAUGAAUAUGAACGUCUAGAUAAGUAAUGAUUCUAUCUUCUAACACCUUUCAAAAUGUUCUAAUAUUUCCUUUUUUCACUCGAAUAAAGAAUGACAAGUGCGUUUUUUUUUAGUAGUGGAGACAAUAAAUUGAUUUUUAUAUUUCCCCCCCCCUCAUUUUAUUGAUCAAAUUAUUUUCCUUAGUCUAAAACUGUGAAAUUCAUUCGUUUCAUUGGUUACUUCAUUCCACAAUUUUUUAUUUUUUUUUUGAAAUAGGAUAGACAUACAUAUUCCUUAAAUCUAAUCUGAUUGGUCAUUUUAUAAUUAUAGACCUGUCCGUUUUUAUCUGUCUAGUCAAUUUCUUAUUAUUAUUUUUGUAUAUUUCCCAACUUCAAAUCAAAAUGACCUUGUGAUUAUUUGAUUAGCAUGUGUAUUAUUAUCUUUCAAAACAAAACAACUACUACUUCUUGAUAUGACUAGAUUGUGAAUACCUCCGAUGUUCAGUUGCUAUGGUAUCUGUAUAUAUAUAUGUAGAAAGUAAUGAUCCUUAAUCAGAAAUGGAAUUACCAAUUAACUAUUGUUUACCAUUCACAAGAACUAUUCAAGAAUAACAACGCGAAAUUUUCAAUUUUGAAACAUGAAUGAUAAGAUAUAAACAAUUAACAACUAUUUACCAUUGAUCAACCUUCAACAAAAACAACGCGAAAUUUUCAAUUUUGAAACAUGAAUGAUAAGAUAUAAACAAUUAACAACUAUUUACCAUUGAUCAACCCUUAUUAGAAUAACAACAUGGAGUCUUCAAUGUUAUAAUAAUCUUAAUUAUAUUGUUCAAUGUUCAUUCCUUUAAAUUUCUCCUUUAAAUUUUUUACAUUCAUAUACUACUUAUAUCAUUCUAUAUUAUCAUCAUCUUAUAAUAUUUAUAUUAUCUUAUAUAUAUUGAAUAAAUUCAUUAUUCAUUAUUAUUAUGUAGAUGCUGUUGAUGGUUGUAGUAUUAUAUAUCAAUUAGAUUUUAAAUGGAAAAAAGCAAUAUGUGAUUCAGAAUUCAAUAAACUUAAAGAAAUUCCAUUAAAUUUACCGGUAAAUUUAAUUGAAUUACAUAUUAUACAUCAAUCAAUUAAAAUAAUUAAAAAUAAUUCAUUAAAUUAUUUAAUAAAUUUAGAAAAAUUAACAAUUGAAUCAAGUGAAUUAAAACAAAUUGAAUUAAAUACAUUAAAUCAAUUAAUUUUAUUAAAAUCAAUAAAUUUACGUAAUAAUUCAUUAAGUAUAGGAUCAAUAAGUUUUCCUAUUAAUUUAUUAAAUAAUUUACCUAAUUUAAUAUCAUUAAAUUUAGCUGAAAAUUUUAUUGAUUUUAUACCAGAUUUAUUUUUUUAUAAUCUCUAUAGUAACAAUAUAAAAUUAAAAUAUUUAUGGUUAAAUUCUGUUAAAUCAAAUGGUAUUAUAUUUGAAUCAAAUCAUUUAAUUUCAUUACCAUAUUUAUAUUUAUUAGAUUUAAGUUAUACUGGAUUAACUAAUUUAAAUGAAUUAAAUGAAUUAGCAUUAAAUGAAAUGAUAUAUUUAAAAGAAUUAUAUUUAGGAGGUAAUCCAUGGAUAUGUGAUUGUAAAUUAAAUUGGUUAAAAUUAUGGUUUAUUAAAAAAUCAUUAAAUCAUAUAAAAUUUCAAAAAAAUAAAACAAAUUCAAUUGGUGGUCAUAUUGAUUUAAUUGAACCAUUAUGUUAUAAACCAGAUCAUUUAAAAGGGAAACGUAUUUUAUCCUCCUCCUCCUCAUCAUCAUCAUCAUCAUCAUCAUCAUUAUCGAAUGAUCAAUAUAAUGUAGUACAAUUUACUGAUUUACAAUGUACUACACAAAUAUUUACAUUAAAUCAAAAUUAUACAUUUUAUAAUAAUAAAACAAUGUUAUUAAAAUGUGAAUAUUAUUCAAAGGAGAUGGAUCAUUUAUUAUGGUAUAAAGAUGAUCAAUUAAUACAGAAUACUACUGAUCAUAUGAUUAUAUAUGGUCAAUUAGGAUCAAAUUAUUAUUCAAAUCUUAUUGUUACUAUGACAACAGGUAAAGAUACAGGAUUAUGGAGUUGUGUAUUAAAUAAUCAAUAUCGUACAUUAUUUGAAGUGAAUAUUAUUGAUUCUAAUGGUAAAAUACUUUAUCCUAAUGAUGAUGAUCAAUCUUUUAUCAAUGGAGCAUUAAUACUAUUUGGUAUGAAUGGACAAACAAAGAAUUGGAUAUAUGCUGGUAUUGCAUUAAUUAUUUUAUUUGUAAUCUUAGCAUUUAUUGGUAUAGGGAUAUUUUGUUGUUGUGAUCCACAUACAACAUCAUCGGAUACAUCAACUGAUUUACAAGUAUUACAUGGAGAAAAUAUGAAGAAUUGUCCUUCUAUGAAUAAAUCAGGAUCUUUAUGUAGACAACGGUUUAAAUGUAUCUAUAAUAGUCAUCAUAAUAUAAAGAGCAAGGUAAAGAAAGAUGAUUCACGGAGUAGUCUCUUAGUGACAACUCAUGAUGAACAAAAAAUGAUUGAUAAAAAUGAUUUACAAUUGAUAAGUACCAUAAAAGAUGAUACAAAUACAAUUGUAACAUCUACAACAAUGAUAACAACGAAUAUUAUUCCCAAUUCAGAUAUUCAUAUGAAUAAUACAGAGAAUGAUGUUACUUCAUUAAGAAAAAAUAUAGAUGAGAAUCGUUUAUUAAAUAUUUUUUGUUGUCCUACAAAUGCAACACGUGAAGUACAAUUUGUUACUAUACCUAUAACUAGCUCCGCAUCAUCAUCAUUAUCAACAAAUGUUACACAUUUAGGUGGAUCAUUAAUACAAGGAACAGUUGUUACUGAUGAAAAUCGUGUUUUAGUAUCUUGUGAUAGUCCAGAACCAAAAUUAUUGAUUGCUACAAAUGAAAUUACACCAUCUACAAAUAUUUGUUCAUUAGAUUUUUCUACUUGUUUACAACAACAACAACAACAACCAUUGAAUGUUAUACCUCAACAAAAUUGUACUGGAUGGGAUGGUAAUGGCGGUUAUUCAGUACCACAAUUUCCUGGAAUUUAUACAUCUAGUCAAAUAACUAUUGAAACAUCAAAACCAUGUCCUGUACAUGGAAUUAUGAAUUUGAAACAGAUGGAAAUGAAUUGUGAUAUACCUGUCAACACUACUAUUGAUAGUAAUCAUACAAAUACUAAACAAUUAUCAAAUUAUAAAAAAGUUGAUUCCAUCUAUUGGGAUCAUUCCAAUAGUUCAACAAUUUUAACAGAUCCUCAUUUAUCCUAUAACUUAUCAAAUUGUAUAUUUUUAGAUUCUCAAAAUCAUGGUCAUAUUACCAAUGGUACUCAUAGAAGUAAUGAUCAUCAAAAGAAUGAAAUAGAAGUUAUACAAAACUAUUCAAAACCUUUAUCAUCUCAUUAUGAUAUGAAGGAUUAUAGUUUAUUACAAAAAGCUAAUUUAAACGAAGUUAAUAUACAAUGGUCAACAGAUUCACGAUCUCAAGGAACUUGUCCAGUUCAUGGAAAUCAGACGUUAUCAAGAAGGAAUGAUCCAUUGAAACACAUUAACAAAGAAGAUAUUGUAUUAGGAAGUCGUAAAAAUUUAAAAAGAAAUCAUUUAAGUAAAUCUAUCAUUCAUGAACCAUCCAGUUAUCACACAGAUCAUUGUCAUCAUGAAACAUCGAUUUGUUCUUCUAAUGAUACAAAUGAUCAUGAAGAAACGGAUAAUCAGUCAAACAGUGUUCAUUAUGACCAUUAUAACUUACCGAUGAAUUCUAUCAAGCCAAAACAAAUUAUUUAUACAUCAAAUGAUGAAACAGAAUCUCAUGAUGAAAGUUCAUUAUCUGAAAAAUCAUUACAUAGUGAUGAUUGUACUUCACAUUCAUGUACAUCUUCAAUUUCAUCUUCAACGAAUUCAUCUUCUUCUUCAAUCAAUCAACAUUUCAAAUAUAUUUAUCCAUCUAAUCAAACAGGAUUGAAUUCAAUUUGUUCAUCUUUAUCAAAUCAAAUCAAUUUGGCGGCGGCAGCUGCUGCUUCAGUGAAUACUAUUUCUGAUCCAUUACAACAACAAUCUCCACCUUCAUUAGAAUUUUGUCCUUCACCAGAAUUAUUAAGUAAUCGACCAAAUAGUACAAAUAAUUAUGAUACAUUUAAUAAUUUAAAAUGUCCUUUACAUUCUUUAACAAAGAAUCAUAGAUUUAUACCACGAAAACUAUUCUAUGAUACUUAUAAUCAUCGGGAAAAUAUGCGUCAACAUCAUCAUCAUCAUCAUGAUAAGAAUAAUAACCGAAGUUCUCUUCGAGUGACUACUUUACCAACAAGAUUCAGGAAAGUCAGUUAUAAUAAUAAUAAUAAGGGUAAUACUACUAAUAAUAGUAGUAAUAGUAGUAUGAUUUCUAAUAUGGCCUCCAUUAGAAAAUUUUCUAGUCAACAUACAGUUCAAUCAAAUUAUUAUUCAUCUUCUUCUUUAUAUUUAUCAAAUACUCAAAGUUUAGAUAAAUUUAUGAAUAAACAUUUGGAAAAAUCAAUUUUACGUCCCGGUUCUAAACAUAAAUUAGAUACAGAAAGUGAUUCCGAUGAUGAUGAUACUACUAAUGAUAAUAAUAAUAAUAAUCAUCAUCAUAAUAAUUUAGAAGAAAAUAAUUUUUAA